AUCAAUUUUGUAGCCUGUCAACUGUUUGCGCUUUUGGCUGCGUUUUGGUUUCGUGUUUACUUGGGUCCCAGUCAUGCCAGCUCUGCUGUUCGCCAUGCGUUUGCCACCCUCUUUGGAAUAUACUUUGCUGUCUUCUGCUUUGGGUGGUAUUCUAUUCAUCUUUUUGUCCUGGUGAUGAUGAACUAUGGCAUAAUGAAUAUGGCGAGCAUUCCCAACAUCCACAGGUACUCCUUUGUUGUAGCUAUGGGAUACCUCACGUUGUGCCACAUAAGCCGAAUAUACAUAUUUCAUUAUGGCAUUCUCACUACAGAUUUUUCCGGUCCGCUGAUGAUAAUUACACAGAAGAUCACAACGCUUGCAUGCCAGUUACACGACGGAAUAGGACGACAAGCUGAGGAACUCACUGCUGAGCAAAAUCGGCUUGCUGUAAAGUCAAGACCUUCUUUACUGGAGUAUUUAAGCUAUCUCCUCAAUUUUAUGAGCAUCAUAGCUGGGCCUUGCAGCAAUUACAAGGAUUACAUAGCCUUCAUUGAAGGGAGGCAUGUGCACAUGAAACUGUUAGAAGUGAACUGGAAGCAGAAGGGUUAUGACAGACUGCCUGAUCCUUCUCCAACUGGAGCAGUGAUGUACAAGCUGUGUAUCACACUAGUAUCUCUCAUUUUAUUCUUGACACUUACCAAGAACUUUCCCAUGGCGUAUAUUAUUGAUAACGAAUUUCUUGAUAAAACACCCUUCUUGUCAAGACUUGGUUACCUGUAUGUUGUAACACAGGCAGCAAAACCAAAGUAUUAUUUUGCAUGGACGUUAGCGGAUGCAGUCAACAAUGCAGCUGGUUAUGGAUUCAGUGGAGUUGAUGAGAGAGGCGCUUUCCGCUGGGACCUGUUGUCCAAUUUGAAUAUCUGGAACAUUGAGACUGCAACAAGUUUUAAAAUGUACAUUGAAAACUGGAACAUUCAGACAGCUGCCUGGCUAAAACGCGUCUGCUAUGACAGAGCUCCCUGGUACCCUACGGCUUUAACAUUUAUCCUGUCGGCCCUGUGGCAUGGUAUCUAUCCUGGAUAUUAUUUUACGUUUCUCACUGGAAUCCUUAUCACACUCGCAUCCAGAGCAAUAAGAAACAAUUGCAGACAUUACUUCCUCUCGUCAGUGCCUCUCAAGAUAGCCUACGACAUUGUUACCUGGGUCGUCACUCAACUGGCUGUGUGCUAUACUGUUGCACCAUUUGUUAUGCUGGCUGUUGAGCCCACGAUUAAGUUUUACAAGUCUGUGUAUUUUCACAUGCACAUUCUAAGCAUCCUGGUGUUGCUCGUGUUACCGAUCAGACCUCAAGCCCACUCCAUAAGAAAGGCUCCGAAUCAGGCCAUGCCAAACUCUGUUAAAAGCAAAGACGAGUGA